AUUAUAAUAAUUUCUAAAAAAAACUUUUAUAUGCAAAAGUUAAACGCGAAUUAACACUCACAAAAGAAAAAUGUCAACGGCCGAGGCAACACCCAUUCUGGAAGUCAAAGAGACUCCCGAAAGCAAUGAAAGCGCUGAGAGCAAAGAUGAGGAUUAUGUGGACAUGACAUUCACAAAAGAAGUGCGCCAGGCCACAAAAGAUGUGCAUAAGCUUACGGAUGUCCUGGUCAAUGCUAAAUUCGCCAUUGCGCUUACGGAUGAUGAAGUUUGGUACGAUGGACUUUUGGUAUUUUACGAAUUAUAUAAAUUUUUUGAGGCCAACUUGCCAGAGCGGCUGCUGCCCAAAGAACUGCAUCGCGCGGCUGCAUUUGAACGUGACUUUGCCUAUUUCUAUGGUGCCGACUGGGACAAAACAUAUGAGCCGCGUCCAGCUGUCAAAGUCUACUUGGCACACUUGGAGCAAGUGAAGGCCAAAAGCGAGGUGCUACUCUUCGCGUUUGCCUUCCAAAUGUACAUGGCCCUAAUGUCGGGCGGCCAGCUGUUGCAAAAGAAACGCAUGAUUGCACGCAAACUAUGGAUUUUUCCCAAAGACAGUGCCGAGCAGCAGCAAAAGCAAGCCGAAGCGGAUGCUGCGGAGGCAACAGCCAGGGCAGCUGCCACAGCCCAGGAUGAUGGCAUCACAGACAAUGACUUGCGUGCUCGACCCAUGCCGGAACAGGUGACAAUUGCACAAGUGGGCUGUGAGGCAACAUACUUUCCCAUACGCAUACCCACUCUGAAAGUCAAGCUCCGUCGCAUUUUCAAUGAGGUUUAUGGUCAACUGGAUGAAAAAACGCGUGCCGAGUAUAUCGAAGAGAGUCGCAAUGUAUUUCGCAUGAAUAUUGAACUGCUGCGCACUGUCAAGGGCGUGAAUCGUGCCAAUCUCAAAAAACUCGCUAUUGCUGUUGUCUUUGUAACCAGUAUUUAUGUUGCUUUCAAGUUGGCUAUCAAGUGAUAUGUUAGUUAUACAUUUACAACCUUUUUUUAUUUUUAUGAUAUAUAAACCUAGUUGUUAGACUCAGAUUAUAUAUAUACGCAUGUUCGAGCCAAAGUCAAUAAAUUAUAUGUUACUUCCUUUA